UCAUCACAAUCCUGAUCCAAGUACUCGACAUGUCGCAUAUUUCAUUUGAAAAUGAAGAUGCCACCUCAGAUUUGGCUGAUCAAGAAGCCAUCGAUCUGUACGUGCGAAAAGUUGGUCCAGCGAAAUUUGAAGCUUUGAAAGUUCACAUGCGAGAGGUGGCCCAAAAAAUUCGAGAUCGAGAUGAAUAUCAUAAAGAGGUGGCAAUUCGUCCACUCACUCCGACUCAGGACACUUUUAAAGCCUUGGAUGAGGAGGUGGAACUGAAGCAGGCCAAGAAUAUUCUCAUCUUGGAAGAUUUCAGCGAACCGGAUCCUUUUGAAGGAAUGUCAUUCAAGCAGAAGAUGCUCAAACGUUAUUUGACUCUGCCUGAGGCAAUUCAUCCACAAGGAACCCUAAUGAUCGUCUUACUCGGGAUCCAAUCCUUUUGUGUCCUCUACAAUGCUUGGGUGAUCCCUUUGAGAGUUACGUUCCACGUUUAUCAACAUGCGGAUAACAUUUACCUUUGGAUGAUUUUCGACUACAUUACGGACUGUUUAUCCUUAUUGGAUACAUUUCUAUUCAAGACUAGACUCAUGUUUUUAGAUAAAGAUGGGAUUUACUGUACAAACUCCCAAGGAAUGAUCAAGAAUUAUGUUACUGCAGGAAGAUUUUGGCAAGAUAUUUUAUCGUUAGCCCCUUUAGAUUUUCUUUAUUUGGUGUUUGGGCUUCAUGGCAGAGCAACCUUGUUGAGGUUACCAAGAUUGUUGAGAUAUUACUGUGUGGAGACCUUUUUUGAUCGGUUGGACGCCGUCCUUCCUUAUCCAACUGUCAUUAGAUUGAGCCGCACUGUAAACGUGAUGCUCUAUCUCAUUCAUAUCACUGCUUGUGCUUUCUACGCCUUCUCAGAUAUGGAAGGAAUCGAUUCAUCACCUUUUGUUUUCAAUGGUCAUGGAAAUGCCUACAUAAGGUGCUUUUACGUUGCUCUAAAGACAUCUGUGAGCAUCGGAAUUAAUCCCAAACCAGGGCGAGAUCGUCCGGUACAAAUGGUGUUUAUGGGCACACUUUGGCUCAUGGGAGUGUUCGUUUUCGCCGUUUUGAUUGGUAACGUGAAGGAUAUUAUUGCACAGGCGACCCGAAACAUCGAUGAGUACACUUUCAAAUUUGAUCUGAUAAGUCAAUACAUGUACGCAAUGCAUGUCCCAAAUGAUACCAUGAGGAGAGUUAAGGAAUGGUGCCAGUACACUUGGAAAACGCAACGGAGCUUUGAUGAACUUUCCAUCUUGGAAGCUUUACCAUUCAAGAUGAGGGUGGACGUCACAUUGGAUGUUCAUUACAAGACACUGAAGAAUGUUAAGCUAUUCCAUGGUUGUGAUCCAGGACUGCUCAAGGAACUGGUUGUCAAACUGCAGCCACUGAUCUUUUUGCCAGGGGACUACAUAUGCAAGAAAGGCGAUGUCGGCAAAGAAAUGUUUAUAAUAACUGUGGGACAAGUUCAGGUUGUGGGAGGUCCGGAUGACUCGAUUGUAUUCGUUACUCUUGGCGUUGGUGUCUGUUUUGGGGAAAUUGCAUUGCUGGGAACAGGCAAAAUGAAUCGAAGGACCGCCAAUGUCCGGGCUGUGGGAUAUACCACACUUUAUGUCCUUUACAAAGAAGACCUGACCGAGGCCUUGACUGAGUUUCCAAAGGACCGCGAACUUUUAGCCCGAAAAGCUGAAAAGGCUGCCGCCGAGGUCAAGGUAAAACAAGAAACUCGAUUGCCCCAAAGUGAAAAGCUGCAGCGUGACGUGGUCAUUCCUGCCCCUGGAGAUCCAAGUAUGCUCAAGGUGGUGGUAAAGACAAUGCCUGAGAAAAUCAAAGCCAAAUUCCAAGAGAGGGAAACAAAGGCCAAGACGAAAGUACGAAGUGCCCAGGUCGAUGAGAGUCAAACAGUGAUGGCCAAUUGUGAGCGAAUCACUGUGCUGGCUUCGGAAUUGAUUAAUCGGAGAUAGGAGGGUCAAAACACCUUGAUUUAUUGAGAGUAAGAUUCUUCAGCACUUGAUGGUACAUAGUGUUAUAAAUCUCCCACAUCCCGCUUUUUCUUGGAGGCGGGUGCCGGUGGGCGUGUGGUGUCAAUGUGGACAUUGGCCCGGAUCCUUUCAGGCAGCUCGUAGUAAAUUGUCUCUGGUACGUGGUCAUUGCAACGGUAAACCAAAUCUGACCAAAUGAUCAUCUCUUGUGAGAAGCAAAAUACGCCCAGCCUUCCACCCUUGAGGGAACCAUCAAACACAUUGCCAGAGUCAGCCACCAUAUUUUCUCCCUCAAAGAUGCGGAGCCGGAUGAGGCCAAUCUUGGGGCGAUGGAGAAGCAACCAACGGUAGGCCACUUUCUCUCUCCACCCGACGUUCCUGGGGUCUUUCCACAACAGCUUGACUUGCUUAUCCGUAUCCCCGGUGUGCCACAUGGCAUUCCUCAUCAUUUGCCCCGGACCUGUCUCGGAUUGGACCAAUUUCAAUUGGAUUCCGGGUUCGGCCACGGCACGGAAAGGGGUGGCCUGCCAAUAUGUUUGAGUAUUCUUUUUCCACAUUACAGUGUAGAAUUGAUUGUUGUCCUGAAAAUAAAUAUGAAGUUAGUCCCGAUGUA